GAAAAUAACCAAUAUUAUACAGAGGUUGAAUUUGACAAAAACUGGAAUUUUGAAACAGAAACACAAGAUGAUCCAGAACUACACGAAAUUGUAUCCAGUGUUCAAAUGCACAGUAAAAAGCAUUCAAAAUCUUGUAAAAAGAAAAAUAUGGCGAUGCUCACAAAGAAGCUGUUGAAGGUAAUUUGGAUGCUAAAAGUAGUCUAAAAAAGAUUUCAAGUACAUAUUUACAUAGUAGAGAGGUUUCGGCACAAGAGGCAGCAUAUCGUGUGUGUAAUCUACGUCUUAAAGAAACAUCCAGAAAAGUAGUAUUUAUACCGACAGGUGGUGCCGAUGGUGGAAAGAGUCAUAUCAUCAAAUGUAUGUAUUAUGAAGCAUCAAGAUUAUUAGCCAGAAUUAGUGACAGUCCCGAUGACACAACAGUUGCAGUUACCUGCCCAACUGGCGUAUCGGCGUUUAACAUCUCAUCAAGUACAUGUACCAUCCAUUCUCUCUUUAGUAUACCCAUUCAUUUUAAGUUGCUUUACAUAGGAUUGUCCUCAGAUAAAGUUAACACACUUAGAUCUAAAUUAGGUAAUCUAGAAAUUCUGAUAAUUGAUGAAAUAUCCAUGGUUGAUCAUAAACUAUUAUGUUACAUACACGGUAGAUUAAGACAAAUCAAACAAACACCUGAUCAUGUACCAUUUGGUAAUGUUUCUAUUAUUGCAGUUGGAGAUUUUUACCAGUUACCUCCUGUGAAAGGCAGAGCUCUGUACAAUGAUAAUGAAAUGGUUAAUCUGUGGCAAGAUAAUUUUAAACUUGUUCAACUGACGGAAAUAAUGAGACAGAGGGAUGAUUUGACAUUUGCGCAAGCACUAAAUAGAAUACGCACAAAAAAGAAUUCUGAUGAAAUGUCCGUAGAUGAUGUUAAUUUGUUCAGUAGUAGGGUUACAGGUGAAGAGUCUGAUGCAGUGCAUAUAGUUUCUAUAAAUAAGCAGGUAAAUGAAAUUAAUUUAAAAUUCUUACACAGUAAAUGUCCAGAUACCAUAACCAUUGCUGCAAACGAUUAUUCAAAAGAUGCUAGAACAGGUAAAAUGAAGAAAUUGGAGAAAUAUCUGACUUGUAAUGUAGAUUCUAGUUUACCUAACGUAUUAGUAAUUGGUAUUGAUGCAAGAGUUAUGUUAAUUAAGAAUUUGAAUGUUAGUGAUGGUCUUACUAAUGGUUGUUUUGGUAAAGUAACUUAUAUCUCAAUGGAUAAUGAUAAACCUAAAAUAAUAUACGUUAAGUUUGAUGACGAAAGAGUUGGGACUAUUUUACGUAGAGAAAAUAAAAGAUCAAAUGAUGAUAUACCAGAAGGUUGUACUCCUAUUGAGAUACAAGAAGAAAAAGUCAAUUAUCGUGGCGACAUCAGGAGACAAUUUCCACUUAAACUUAGCUAUAGUACAACGGUGCAUAAAGUACAAGGUUUGAGUCUCAAUUCUGCAGUUGUAUCACUAAAGAAAAUAUUUUCACCAGGUCACAUCUUUAGAGGGUUUAAUUAUUAG